AUGCCGCCGAAACGAGGAUCGCGACCACUAGCAGAGACUCAGCCGGCUGACACAAAACACUCCAUCUCCAAGAACAACACCACGCCGAGAAAGCCACUUCAGUCCAUCAGCAACAACCAGCAACGAACAGCACCUCCACCUGCGAAGAAGCGCAAGUCGAACGGUGGCAUAGAGAUACAUGUCGAUGAAGCGCCUCUAAACAUGUUCCCGACUCCGCCGGCAUCACAACCUGCUGUCAAACCCCGAGUCGAGCGGACAGUGAGAGGUCUCCCACGAUAUAUGCUUGAUGUAACUGCUAUCUCGCUGGAAGAAGGCCUCUACUCGCAAGCCAUAGCAUUGCAGUCGAGAUUGCUGGAGACUGGUCUGGAAACGAACGCGGUCUCACGCGUACCGCCACCACAACAUCUCGCACUCGAGUCCACAUUGACGGUGCACCCCACCUUCAACACGAAGACCAUCAAGUCAGAGAACAAGGCUGCCUCGAAUGAUGCCGUGAGGUAUUUGCGGCAACUAAGCAGGACCACGAAUCCAGAGGACGUCGACUUGAAGAAUGCCUUUCACUUCACCAAAGGACGAGCGCAAAGCGAGCGAUCGAAACGAUCACGAACUCGGAAUUCAGAUGUCGCAAGUGAUGAUGAAGGGGAAAGACCUGGGCAGAUAAGGAGCAAGUAUGCAGAAGCACAAUCUCUCUGGAACAACGCCGAAGAUUUCUGGGCAGUAGUAGGCUGGGCAUUCAACUGCAGUGUCAAGCACAAAGCAAGAUGGGAAAGGUGGAAAGUUUGGCUUGACCAAAUGCUGGAUGUGUUGCAGAAAGAUCUGGAGGCGCAUGUAGCUUCGAAGGAAAAGCAAGACGUGGACUUCUCGGAGACAAUGCUGGGCCAAUACUUGUCCACGAUUGGACAUGGACGCAACAACCAAAGAAAGAUCAUGCGAGCUGUAAUGGCUGAUGGCAGCAAGACGAGCAUGAACAUGUUUCCUGAAAUCUGGAGAGCCGAGCCAAAGCCGCCCAAGAAGCAAAAAGAGGAGCCCGCUGCGAAGCGUCAAAAGCUGGACAUCGACAACAGUCAGUAUGGCGAUUACUUUGACAGCGACUCGGAUGCCCCUGGCAGCGAAGAAGGGAAGAUACGGAGAUCGAGAUCCGCAACAGCACCUUUGACCAAGAGUCGCAAGUCUGAGGUUGGCUCUGGCGAUGAAGAGGAUGCAGAAGAUAGCGAGGAUGAGUUGUCGGAGCAGCAAAGCAGCGGACACACCAUCGAAGCAUUCGGCGGACAGGAGUCGAUACGGUUGCGACAGAGAUUCCUGACAGUACUCACACGGUUUGCUUCCGUGGCGCCAGCACUCCUCGUGGACGCUUCGGAGCUGUUCUCCAUCUUCACCGAGUUCAUUCGGCCGCUAUCGCUACCUGUUUUCCAGCAAUUCGUUCUGCCGAUCAAGCCAUUCUUGGCCUCGAAUCUGCAAGCCACCUUCAACGAGAUGCUCUUCCAGCCGCUGCUAGGGACCAAUACACCGUCAUAUUUCAUCACUAGACAUGUGCUGGAGACUACAUAUGCUCCCCAUGCUGCGAUGAACACAAAUGCGUCUGACAACGCCAAGGUUAGUCUGCUCACAGAGAGCCUAUUACGAUCUCUCUGGAAGUCAGGACUACUCGUUGGCGACCUCACAAGCCUCAGAGCCGCAAUCGAGACCGGUGUCAAGGCCAGAAGCGACAAAGUCAGCUUCGAUGGACGCAAGAAAAAGAACGCAAAGGUCGACCACGACAUCAAGUCCGUGCUCGAGUGCUCUGCUCAGAGAAUGAAGGUCCUACUCGACCUGAUCGAACCGCAAAGCACCAAGAGUGCGCAGCUGCUCACGAUCGGCUCCAGCCAAAGUGACUUCGAAUUCGACUGCACUGUUUGUGGGGCUCAAGGAAGGAAUUUGAACGAUGGGGCCCCGCAGGUCGCUUGUGGUGUGUGUGAUGUGUGGCAACAUACUAUGUGCCAUGGCAUCACCCCUGAGCUGGCAAGCGCUGAAGACUUUGACUUUGUUUGCGAUAAGUGCAAGAUGCCGACUUGA